GUCGGGCGCCCAGACCCUGGCCCCGGCCGGGUACGAUGGGGCGCAGCCUUCCCGCCCGGCCUUCUGUCCCAUUUCGAGGGCUUCCCGCGCCCCUGUCUCUUCUGGGUCCCCAGCUUCACACUUCCUUCGUCUUGCUUGCCUGUCUCCUCUCUCUCCUUGUUGAAGACCUACCCUCUCUCUUGGUACCGGCCUUCCGAAGCUGCCCCAUACCAGUCCCUUUGUACAGAUCUCUCUGCACCCUUUCGCAGUUCCUGUCGUCGAUGUGCUGCCCCGGCAAGGAGUCCACGGUAUUUUUUCUGAAGGAGAGCUGCCUCUUCCUAUGCUUCCAGAAUGGCUCUCCCUAUCAUUGUAAAAUGGGGUGGACAGGAAUAUUCAGUGACCACACUUUCAGAGGACGACACUGUGCUAGAUCUCAAACAGUUUCUCAAGACCCUUACUGGAGUGCUGCCAGAACGCCAGAAACUACUUGGACUCAAAGUAAAAGGCAAACCUGCAGAAAAUGAUGUUAAGCUUGGAGCUCUCAAACUGAAACCAAAUACUAAAAUCAUGAUGAUGGGAACUCGUGAGGAGAGCUUGGAAGAUGUCUUAGGUCCACCUCCUGACAAUGAUGAUGUUGUUAAUGACUUUGAUAUUGAAGAUGAAGUAGUUGAAGUAGAAAACAGGGAAGAGAACCUGUUGAAAAUUUCUCGCAGAGUCAAAGAGUACAAAGUGGAAAUACUGAAUCCUCCCAGGGAAGGAAAAAAGCUGUUGGUACUAGAUGUUGAUUAUACAUUAUUUGACCAUAGGUCUUGUGCAGAGACUGGGGUAGAAUUAAUGCGGCCAUAUCUUCAUGAAUUUCUAACAUCUGCAUAUGAAGAUUAUGACAUUGUUAUUUGGUCUGCAACAAAUAUGAAGUGGAUUGAAGCUAAAAUGAAAGAGCUGGGAGUGAGUACAAAUGCAAAUUAUAAGAUUACCUUCAUGUUGGACAGUGCUGCUAUGAUAACAGUACAUACCCCAAGGAGAGGACUGAUAGAUGUAAAGCCUCUUGGUGUUAUUUGGGGAAAGUUUUCUGAGUUCUACAGCAAGAAAAACACCAUUAUGUUUGAUGACAUAGGAAGAAAUUUUCUAAUGAACCCACAGAAUGGACUAAAGAUAAGGCCUUUUAUGAAAGCACACCUAAAUCGUGAUAAAGACAAAGAACUUUUAAAAUUAACUCAGUACCUCAAAGAGAUAGCAAAAUUAGAUGACUUUUUGGAGCUAAAUCACAAAUACUGGGAAAGGUAUCUCUCAAAGAAGCAAGGACAGUAGUUACAAGUUAUCCUGGCAGUUAUUGAAGAUAUUUGAGAUCUAUGAUCUUUUUGCUUUUAUGCUAGAAAUCACGAUAGUGCUGGACACUGAAGCAAAUACCAGACUGCUUAUUCUUGGUCUUCCAGUUUUUGUAAAUUUAAUUUUAUAUUUUUUGAAGAUCAUAGCAAUAUGCUUUUUAAAAAAUCCUUUUCCCCCUAUAUGAAUAUACUGUUAUUCUUGAAAAAUAUUUUCUCUGGCAUUGAUUACAGAGGUGUUUUUCCACCAAAAAAAAGGAAGAAAACAUGGAGAAAAAUGUUUACUCACCAGUGUCAUUUUAUGACUUUAGAAACAAGUUAUGUCUUGUGUUUUUGUCUCAUGUUAUCAACUCCCUAAGUCUAAAACCAAACCCAUCUUGAAAUGGGUUUUUCCCUUUAAAGCAAACAAACAAGUUUUUGAGUAAAGAACUUAGUUUGUUACGCUUAAAAUUACCAAUAUUUUUUAUUCCUUUGGCACAGACAAAAUUUCUCUACUCUAGUUCUGUGAAUUCUGAGCUGUCUCAGCUUGAUCUCUGUGUGUGUGUGUGCAUGUGUCAGUGUUCUUUAAGUAAAACCAGCGAACGCCAGUUGUGAUACAGCGAUGUUACAGUAUGAGAAAUAAAAAACAGAAGACCGAGGAAUAAUAAAAGGAACAAGAGUGCGCUUCUCUUUGAUGGCUAGUUAGAAGCACUUUUGUCUAAAACUUGACACAAAAGCAAUUAAAGGCAAUAAAUUUUAAAAUGAGACAUAGCACCAGUUCAACCCUAAAAAGCAUGAACAAAGUGAUUUUUGUUCUUUUCCAGCUAUAUCUUAAGUGCUAACGCCGUGUGUCAGUGAAAACAUUUAGCCAUAAGAUUAAAAAUACUAUAUAUUAUUUGCAAUGCUUACGCCUGCAGAUAUGUAAUGUGACCCACAGUUUUGUGUUGACAGUAUUGCUUUCUACAGUUGUUCUAUUUGAAAGGAAUCGAUCCUUCUAAAUAAACAUGGUGUAUAUUGUUCUUACAGGACUAUUUCAGUGGUGUAAAUAAUAAAUAUCUUUUCUUACAA